CAUUUCUCAGCUUUCUUGGUCGUCGCACCUACUCGUGCUCGGGAACGAUGAGUUUGCGUGUGCAGCUUGCGCGUAGACACUUCCAGUCCGCCCAGAGGGUGAACAGUCUCAGAUUCUUCUCUACGACCCGCUGCACUAUGAGCCAGAACGAGAAGUUCCGCGUAGAACGCGAUACUUUCGGUGAAUUGCAGGUUCCCGCAAGUCGCUAUUGGGGUGCGCAGACACAGCGGUCAUUACAGAACUUCGAUAUUGGCGGCCCAACGGAGCGGCAGCCACCACCGCUCAUCAAGGCCUUCGGUGUGCUGAAGAAAGCUUCUGCCGUCGUCAAUGAGACCUAUGGCCUUGAUCCCAAGGUCGGCGAAGCUAUCCAGAACGCUGCCGACGAAGUCAUCUCAGGCAAGCUUAUAGACGAGUUCCCGCUCGUCGUUUUCCAGACGGGUAGCGGGACGCAGACUAAUAUGAACGUGAACGAGGUCAUUGCGAAUCGUGCAAUUGAGAUGCUGGGAGGCGAGCUGGGCUCGAAGAAACCCGUUCACCCCAACGACCAUGUGAACAUGAGUCAGAGUAGCAACGAUACUUUCCCUACCGCUAUGCACAUCGCAGCAGUCACGGAGAUCCACCACUCCUUGAUACCUGCUUUGACUGAGCUGAGGGACGCCCUUGACGCGAAGGCAAGGGCUUUCGCUGACAUCAUCAAAAUCGGACGCACCCACUUGCAGGACGCGACACCACUAACUCUGGGCCAAGAAUUCAGCGGCUAUGUUCAGCAAAUCUCGAAUGCCAUCGACCGGGUACAAGCCGUUCUACCCCGCCUGAGCCUUCUCGCACAGGGAGGCACUGCCGUGGGGACGGGCUUGAACACGAAGAAGGGCUUUGAUGUCAAGGUCGCUGCUGAGAUCUCGAGAAUUACCGGUCUCGAGUUCAAGACUGCCCCGAACAAGUUCGAGGCGCUCGCUACUCACGAUGCGCUUGUCGAGGCUCACGGGGCUCUGAACGUCGUUGCAUGCUCGCUCAUGAAGAUCGCGAACGAUGUCCGAUUCCUCGGCUCUGGACCUCGUUGCGGCUUCGGCGAGCUGAGCCUGCCUGAGAACGAGCCUGGCAGCAGUAUCAUGCCCGGCAAGGUCAACCCCACCCAGUGCGAGGCUCUGACCAUGGUCGCUGCGCAGGUGAUCGGAAACCAGACCACUGUUAGCAUCGCAGGUGCUAGCGGUCAGUUUGAGUUGAACGUGUUCAAGCCCGUCAUCAUCAAGAAUGUCUUACAGAGUAUCCGCUUGCUAGCGGAUGGCUCGAGGUCGUUCACGAAGAACUGCGUCGUUGGCAUCCAGGCGAACGAGAAGCGCAUCAACCAACUCUUGAACGAGUCGCUGAUGUUGGCGACUAUCCUGAACAGCCACCUGGGCUAUGACAAUGUUGCGAAGUGUGCAAAGAAGGCGCACAAGGAGGGGACGACUUUGAAGGAGGCGACUGUGUCACUCGGGUUCCUGACGCCCGAGGAGUUUGACGAGAAGGUCCGCCCAGAGUUGAUGUUGGGCCCCGACGAGCCGUGAGGCAGUACAUAAGUUGUGUUGUGUAUUAGAUGACAAUCGGAUGUACGCUGUGACGCC